AGGCGGCAGGGCAGAGCGAGAGCGCGGAGGGGGCCGGGCCCAGCCUGCCGGCUCCGGGGCCCAUGGCAGCGCCGGCCUGACCCGACCCGUCCGUCCCACACUGGCGCUGAGAGGAGGCGGCGGCGGCACCAUGUUACCCAGCGGGGCCGGGAACGGCGCUGCCGCCCUGCCCCGGAGCUCGGUCAUGGGCAUGGCGAGGACGUCCUCGGGCCGGCCGGGCGCGGGGCUGUCCCGCGGGGCGAACGGCGGCGGCGCUGCUUCUUCUGCUUCGGCGGCGGCGGCUUCUGCGGGAGUGCGCGGCGGCCCGGGCAACGGGACGGGCCCUCCGAGCGGCCCUGGGGCAGCCGCGGGUCGCUUCGAGCGCGACCGGGACUUGGGGGCGGCCGUGGCGGCGGCGGCGGCGGCGGCGAGCGACAGCGAAGGCAACUCGGAGUCUGGCGAGGAGGAGGAGCUGGUGGGCGACCGGCGCGGCGUGAAGCGGACUUUGGGCGACAUGGAGCUCGGGGUGGUGGUGGGGGGGCCCGAGGCGGCGGCCGUGGCGGCGGCUGCAGCGGCGGGGGGCUACGGCGGGGCGAGCGGCGCCGUCAGCGGCGCCAAGCCGGGCAAGAAGACCCGCGGCCGCGUCAAGAUCAAGAUGGAAUUCAUCGACAACAAGCUGCGGAGAUACACCACGUUCAGCAAGAGGAAGACGGGCAUCAUGAAGAAGGCCUACGAACUCUCCACCUUAACGGGCACUCAGGUGUUGCUGCUCGUGGCCAGCGAGACGGGCCACGUCUACACGUUCGCCACGCGGAAGCUGCAGCCCAUGAUCACCAGCGAGACGGGGAAAGCGCUGAUCCAGACAUGCUUGAACUCUCCUGACUCUCCUCCUCGGUCAGACCCAACCACUGAUCAGCGCAUGAGCGCUACGGGCUUUGAGGAGACGGACCUCACUUAUCAGGUGUCCGAGUCAGAUAGCAGUGGAGAAACAAAGGACUCGCUGAAGCCUGCAUUCACCGUCACCAACCUGCCAGGGACGACGUCGACCAUCCAGACGGCGCCCACCACCUCCACCUCCAUGCAGGUCAGCAGCGGCCCCUCGUUCCCCAUCACCAACUACCUAUCGCCAGUCUCUGCCAGUGUCAGCCCCAACACAGUAACCAGUGCCAACGGGACGGUGCUGAAAACCACUGGAAGCAGUGCAGUGGCCUCCGGAGGGCUAAUGCAGAUACCCACCGGCUUCACCCUCAUGUCAGGUGCUCCACUCCCUCCCGGGACCCCUACCAUUCCUCUCACUCAGUUGCAGCCGCACUCCCUUGCCCUCUGCAGCCAGCAGGGCCAGGCGGCCGCUGCAGCCACACCUGGACAGGUGCAGCAGGCACAGCAGACAGUCUUCCGAUUUCCAGCCUCCGCCGGAGGGCAGUUUGUGUCCCUGACAGGUGGAGCCGUGGCUCAGCAAGUUCCCGUGCAAGCCAUCCAGGUGCAUCAGCAGACGUCUCCCACAACUGACAGCAGUACUGACCUCACCCAGACCUCUUCCAGCGGGACAGUGACCCUGCCAGCUACGAUCAUGACUUCGUCCGUGCCAACCACCGUAGGAGGCCAUAUGAUGUACCCCAGUCCUCACGCGGUGAUGUACGCGCCUACGUCAGGCCUGACAGAUGGUGGCCUUGCAGUUCUCAAUGCCUUCUCCCAGGCACAAUCUGCAAUGCAGGUUUCACACGGCCAGGUCCAGGAUCAGGGUGGAGUCCCUCAGGUGUUCCUGACAGCACCAUCAGGAACAGUUCAAAUCCCAGUCUCAGCUGUCCAGCUCCACCAGAUGGCCGUAAUCGGGCAGCAGUCCAGCAGCAGCACCAACUUGACAGAGCUACAAGUGGUCAACUUGGACACGUCGCAUAGCUCCAAGAGUGACUGAGCAACUCUGGGGGUCGGGGGGUGGGAGGGGGAGAACCUGGGGGGCGGAAGGAGAGAGACAGAGGAGAAGGUGUGUCCCUGGCACCCAAACCUGCCUCCAGUUUUUGAGGCCUGUGCGUGGCUUGAGGACCUGCGGCGCUCCCCAAAACUGCACCAGGAUCUCUGCGGUCCCUAUUUUUCUAUGGACUCUGUCACUUAUUUAUUGUUGCCUUUUUCACGUUUUCUUUCCUUUUCUCUCAACACUUCACACCGACACACACACGCACAAAUACACACACACACACACUCAAAACACAUAUUAAAGUGGCCGUUGAGGCCAGCGACAGGGAGCUGAGCCUGGGCUGUAAGGGGGGGCGGGGGGGCGGUUUGCUUUGUUACCUUUGGACGCUGCAUAUACAGUGCUUUUAUUUGUG